AUGCCGCCAAAAAAAGGAACUAAGCGUACUCGCACAGUUAGGGUCAGAGCUGAUGCUCGUGAAGUUGUGGAUGAGCAGGGUGCUGCAGGAGAUGUUCAGGGGAAUGGUGUUCAGGCAGAGGGUGUGCAGCCUGUAGUCCCACCGUUUGAUCAGGCUGCGCUCAUGCAGAUGGUUCAGCAGGCAGCUACCCAGGCUGCCCAGGUUGCUAUUCAGCAGGUUACGCAGGAAGCUGCUCGUGUAGCUGCACAAGAAGCUGCCCGUGUAGCUGCACAGGAGGUUGCCCGUCAGUUGGCUGCUGGUCAGCAGAUUCCAGCUCAACAGAUUCCACCGCAGCAGAUUCCAGCUCAGCAGAUUCCACCGCAGCAGAUUCCACCUCCGCAGAUUCCACCACAGCAGAUUCCACCGCAGCAGAUUCCACCUCAGGUUCCUGUGCAGGGGGUUCCAGAACAGCAGCUUCCUCAGGGUUUACAGCAGCCACCACUACCACCACCUCCACCUUUACCGGUUUACCGGGUAUAUGAUGAGAGAUUUUACAGACUCACGACUCAGAUGCGGAACAUGGACAUGGAGCAUUUUGGGGGAACAGUGGAUGCUACAGUUGCUUAUGAUUGGAAGCUUGGUCUGCAACGAAAAUUGGAGAUUAUUGAGUGUCCACCAGAGGUUUCUCUUAGGUUGGCUAUGCAGUACCUACGUGAAGAUGCACUUGUGUGGUGGGAGGGAGUACGAUUGGGCCAUCGUGGGCCUGAUCCGCUUACCUUUACAGAUUUUAUCCGGGAGUUCGAUAGGAAGUACUUUCCAAAAGAAGCUAUGGUUAAGAAGAAGAGUGACUUCGAGCAUGUGAGCCAGAGUGGCAUGACAAUCAGGGAGUAUGAGGUUGAGUUCAACCGACUUCGCAGGUUUGCAGGAGGUGGUAUUACUGAGGAUGACCUGAUUAGGAAGUUUUUGAGUGGGAUGCAAGUCGACAUUCGCAACAGAUGUCGUGUCGUCACUUACCAGAGAUUGGGAGAUUUGGUGGAGAAAGCUGCUGAGCAGGAAGCAGGUUUGGCAGAGGAGCAGAAGUUCCUCAAAUCAUCUCAAACUAAGUCUGGAAAGACUGAUGAGACUCAGAAGAGGACCAGGGACCAGUCAGAAGCACCGUAUUGUGCUCGAUGUCGUCGUCACCACGACGGAGAGUGUCUCAAGUGUUUUACUUGCGGAAGGUGGGGACAUUUGUCAACGCAUUGUCGGAUGAAACCAGCAGAUGCGACUUCGGCCAGUCAGAUCGCAACACCUACAGCGGCAAUCAGGAUUUGUUACAGUUGUUAUGAGCCCGGUCAUAUUGCUAGAGAUUGCCCAAAGAAGGGGCAACCAACGCUUCCACCAGCUAAGCGAUCGGUUUCUGUUGGAGGUGAGGUAGCUCACACUCUUUUCGAUACGGGAGCUUCUCACAGCUUCGUGAGUUCGCGACUAGUCAAGUUUUGGCCUUUUCAGGGUGUCUUUGAGCCUAAGACCAAGCAGAUUCGGACAGUCGGCACAGAGAGAAUUGGAGCCACUGGCGUGCAUCGAGACGUACCUAUUUUACUUGAAGGGUUCGUUUUCACCGGAGACUUAGCAGAGAUGGAGCUGGAUUACUACGAUGUUAUACUUGGGAUGGAUUGGCUGACACGGCAUCGAGUGGUGUUAGAUUGCCCGAAGGCAAGGGUUCAUAUUCCUAGAGAAGAGGGGAAGAUCACAUUCCAGUGUGUUCAAGCUCACCGGGGAAUCUCUAUUGUCUCGAUGAUGCAUGCUGAGGAAUUAUUGGAGAAAGGAGUUGAGGGGUUUCUGGCGUCUAUCUCGAUGGUUAAGAACGACGGACAUCACGAGUUGCAGGACAUUCCGGUGGUUGAGGAGUUCGAGGAUGUAUUUGAGGCCUUACAAGGGCCACCACCAGCGAGAGGAGAUGCUCUCACUAUUGAGUUGGAGCCAGGGACAGCACCGGUUUCACGGGCCCCAUACCGACUAGCACCAGCAGAGAUGGCUGAACUAAAAAAACAAUUGGAGGAGCUAUUGGGUAAGGGUUUCAUCAGACCCAGUACGUCACCGUGGGGAGCACCAGUAUUGUUUGUGAAGAAGAAAGAUGGGAGUUUUAGGCUUUGUAUUGAUUACAGAGGUCUAAACAAGGUGACCAUAAAGAAUAAGUAUCCACUUCCGCGUAUUGAUGAAUUGUUGGAUCAGCUACAGGGAGCUUCAUGGUUCUCUAAGAUUGACUUGGCAUCAGGUUAUCACCAGAUUGCGAUAGCAGGGGAGGAUGUGCGGAAGACGGCUUUCCGUACACGCUAUGGACAUUACGAAUUUGUAGUGAUGCCAUUUGGGUUGACGAAUGCACCUGCAGCGUUCAUGAAACUUAUGAAUGAUGUUUUUCGCGAGUACUUAGAUAAGUGUGUAAUCGUCUUCAUCGACGAUAUUCUGAUUUAUUCUCGGAGCAGAGAAGAGCAUGCUGAGCAUUUACGGAUUGUGUUGGAGAAGCUCAGGGAGCAUCAGCUAUUUGCUAAGCUGAGAGUUGCUGUAGAUCCAGAGAAGAUUAUCGCAAUUACAGAGUGGCCGACACCUAAGAGUGCUACAGAGAUCCGCAUUUUUCUGGGUUUAGCAGGUUAUUACAGGAAAUUCGUCAAGGGAUUUGCUAGUAUCGCCAAACCGAUGACUCAGUUGACAGGCAAAGAUGUUAAGUUUGUGUGGACAGACGAGUGCUCGAAGAGUCUCACAGAAUUGAAGCGACAACUCACGGACACGCCAGUUUUGGUACUACCGAGGCCAGGGAUACCUUAUGAGGUUUACACGGAUGCGUCAGGUACUGGUUUGGGUUGUGUACUGAUGCAGGAUGGUCAUGUUAUUGCUUAUGCAUCACGUCAGUUGAGGCCUCACGAGGUCAACUACCCUACCCCUGAUUUGGAGUUAGCAGCAGUUGUUUUUGCGCUAAAAAUCUGGAGGUCAUAUCUGUAUGGAGAGAAAGUUCAGAUCCUCACAGAUCACCAAAGUAAGGCCAACCAUGUGGCAGACGCCUUGAGUAGACGCAGGAGUGAUGUUUCAGGAACCAAGGAGGUUCAGGAGCUGACUGGCACAAUUGCUAGUCUCAGAUUGUGUGCAAUCACUUCGGAUGGGGAGACAGCUGGUCUUGAUGUUUUGGAACAAGCAGAUUUACUAUGGAGGAUACGCAGAGUUCAGGAUGAUGAUGAGGCUUUGGUUAAGCAGAUUGAAAUCGAGAGUAUUGGAUAUCACACAGCUUUGAGCGGGAUGUACAUGUACCGAAACCGAGUUUGUGUGCCAGAUGAUAAACUGCUACGGAAGGAAAUUUUACAGCAAGCACACAACUCACGUUUUUCUAUCCACCCAGGGAAUACCAAGAUGUACAGAGAUUUGAAGCGUUAUUACCAUUGGACUGGUAUGAAGAAAGAUGUUGCUACGUUUGUAUCGCAGUGCCAGACAUGUCAGAUGGUUAAGGCUGAACAUCAAGUGCCUAGCGGAUUAUUGCAGAACUUGCCAUUGCCAGAAUGGAAAUGGGACAUGGUUACUAUGGAUUUUGUGACUGGACUCCCGACAACCUUAGGAGGGAGGAAUGCUAUUUGGGUGAUUGUGGAUAGACUCACCAAGUCUGCUCAUUUCAUAGCGAUUAAGAAAACAGAUGGAGCUGAUCAGUUGGCGCAGAUUUACCUUAGAGAGAUUGUGAGAUUGCACGGAGUUCCUGUGAGCAUUGUAUCGGAUCGAGAUACAAAGUUUACAUCUGCUUUUUGGAGGGCCUUUCAGAAGGCUCUUGGGACAAAAGUCCAUAUGAGUACAGCUUAUCAUCCGCAGACAGAUGGGCAGUCAGAGAGGACUAUUCAGACUUUGGAAGAUAUGCUCAGGGCUUGUGUUUUGGAUUGGGAAGGAAAUUGGGGAAAGUAUCUACCUCUAGCGGAGUUUGCAUACAACAACAGCUAUCAUUCGAGUAUUGAAAUGGCACCAUAUGAGGCGCUUUAUGGUAGGCCUUGUCGUACACCACUUUGCUGGACAGAAGUGGGGGAGAGACGAGAUUUAGAACCUGCAAUGGUUCAGGAGACAGUAGAACAGGUGGAGAUGCUCAAGUCUCGACUUAGGGAAGCUCAUGACCGACAGAAGAGUUAUGCGGAUAAGCGCCGUAAGGAUUUAGAAUUUCAGGUGGGCGACCUGGUAUAUCUAAAAAUGAGAACAUUUCAGGGAGGAUCUAAGACUCGAAAGCUAAAGAAGCUUAAACCGAGAUUCAUGGGCCCGUACCCUAUUUUGGAGCGGAUAGGAGCAGUUGCUUACAGAUUGGGACUAUCAGCAGAGUUAUCAGACUUUCAUGAUGUGUUUCAUGUGUCAGUUUUGAGAAAAGUCGUGAGAGAGCCAGAGCUCAUUCUGCAACAGCCACCAAGUGACCUUGGUAAAAACUUGUCUGCACUUUGUCAGCCAGUACAGAUUUUGGAUCGGCAAGUGAAAGCGGUUCAGGGCAUGAUGACUAGUUUUGUCAGAGUUCGUUGGGAGAGAGAUGGGAUCCAUGAGGAGACAUGGGAGACCGAGACUCAGAUGAGGAUUGAUUACCCAGAACUUUUUGAGGAUGGUAUUGGACAGUUGGUUCAGGAGCCGAAUUCGGGGUCGAAUUCUUUACUAGUGGGGGAGAAUUGUAACGACCCAAUUCCCAGCCCAAUCACUUUGGCCCGUCAGAGCCCGUUAGUGUUGCAGGAAACCCUUGAGAUUGAGCCGUCACUCACAUCUGAGAUCGUACCGCCGCCACCACCACGCCCAGAGCCGAGAUCGACCAGUUCACCGCCGAUCCCAGCCGAAGACCACCAUCGUGAUCGUGACGUCGAGACGAGUCCGGAGCAGGAAGAUCAGCCGGAGAUUCGCCCAGACGCGCCGUCACGCGCAUCUUUUGUGCCGCGGCGUUCCGAGCGUGUAUCCCACGCGCCAGCGCAACCCGCCGUCGUCCAUCGCCGCCGUUGA